CUUUUAUAGAUAAAUUUGUUAAAAAUGGCAGAACAAUAAUCAGCUGAUUAUUUGAAUCUUAAGGUUAAAUCAUAAGAUGGAGAAGAAGUAUUUUUUAAAAUAAAAAAACAAACCCAAUUUAAGAAAUUAAUGGAUGCAUAUUGUUCAAGGCAAAAUGUAAAUAAAAUAUAAUAUAUUAAGUUGUAAAUUUAAAAUGUUAGAUUUUUAUUUGAUGGUGAAAGAAUAUUAGAAACAUAAACUCCAGCUGAUGUAAAUUUAUUUUGCUUAUUUAUAGAUUGGAAUGGAAACAGGUGAUGAAAUUGAUGUUGUAAUAGAAUAAGUUGGUGGCUUGAUUUUAUAUUUGAGUUGA